AUGUGCAUUGACUAUCGAGUCGUGAACAGCUUCAUUCAAUUGUCGAAUUACACACUACCACGGAUCGACGAUCUCAUCACCGGUUUCGAAGGAAUGAUGUGGUUUAUGAGUCUUGACAUGACAAGUGGUUUCUGGGCAGUCCGAAUACCUGAAAGGUCUAAGCUGAUCUCGGUAUUUACAUGUCCAUUUGGGCAUUUCCAAUGGGUACGUUUCGGGUUGAAAAACGCCCCCCAAUUUACCAGCAGAUGA